AUGGGCCCCUCGGCACCCCUAUCAGUCCUUCCUCUUCACAUGAUCAUCCGCUCCUUACUAACAACAACAAUAUCCUCCUCGCCUAUCCUUCUUCCGCCCUCGCUAUGGUUAAUGUCCGUCCUCGCGCACACCACCAACCCGCUACUCAAUCCAGACAGGAACCCGCUCUUACGCUUCUUCCUAAAGAAUACCUUUUACGCGCAAUUCUGCGCCGGAGAAAACCCAGUCGAAGUAGGCAGAACCAUCAAGGGUCUCAAAGAUAUCGGUUUCUCAGGUGUCAUAUUGGGAUAUGCAAAGGAGGUUGUCUUGACCGACGCCCAGAAGAAGGAAUUGGGCGCAUGCAGCAAAGGCAAAAUGGCAGAAGAGUGCAUUCGCAACGAGAUUAUUCCUUGGGCCAAGGGCACCCUGGAGACAGUGCGAUUAGCAGAACCGGGAGACUUUGUUGCUCUCAAAUUCACUGGUGCCGGCCGCCAAGCACUUCAUUCUCUCGCAGAGCGUUUGCCACCCUCUCCCGCCUUGGCCGACGCCAUGAACUCCAUCUGCUCCCUCGCUGCCGAGCGUGGUGUUUGCCUCUUGUUCGAUGCUGAGCAGGCUUCUCUACAACCUGGCAUCGACGACUGGACUAUGAAGUACAUGCGAAAGUACAAUACCGUUCCUGGGCAAGCCCUCGUUUACGGGACGUAUCAGGCGUAUCUCAAGUCAACCCCCAAGACUCUGUCAAGACAUCUCCGAGUCGCAAAAGAAGAAGGCUUCACGAUGGGCGUAAAGCUGGUACGUGGCGCUUACAUUGGAUCCGACCCGAGACACCUCAUCCACGACACGAAAGAAGGCACGGAUGCCUGCUACGAUGGCAUAGCCAAAAGUCUUCUCAAGAAACAAUGGGGAGAUGUUUUGCAGGGCGACCUCCAAAUGCCCCCAAUUAGCUUGGUCAUCGCUUCCCACAAUGCCGAGUCCGUCAGGCGGGCCCGCGAGAUUUGCACUGACGGAGAGUCCAAGACCCAGGUUGCCUUUGCACAAUUGCAAGGCAUGGCAGACGAAGUUAGCUGCGAGCUGGUUUGUCCGACAGGUUCGGAAAAUGUGCGGGAACAGCAAGGAGCAAAGUCCCAGACCGUCGAAGCGUACAAGUAUCUCGUUUGGGGGUCGACUGGAGAGUGCAUGAAAUAUCUCCUCAGGAGGGCGCAUGAAAAUCGAGACGCGGUGCAGCGGACGCGGAGUGGACGCAAUGCGAUGUUCAACGAAUUGGUGAGGAGAGUGAAGGGUAUUAUUGGGGUAUCCGUCUAA